ACCGCAAAGAACGACCCUUCUUUUGUCCUCACUGCGAAGCAACGUUUACGAGAAAAGAUCUUAUCAAGCGGCACAUCGCACGCAAGCACCCUGAACUCAUCCCAGCCUCCGACCGUGAUGUCACUGCAGGCCCAUCGCUUUUGUCACGUCAAACCGAAGUUGAGGGCAACGUCGAGAGCCCAAACCCAUCCCCGGCAGGAACUUCACUGUCGCAGCCCCAUACAGUAACACAGCCAUCCUCAAAACCAUCCGCCUUGACUUCAGUGGGCGGCGAGACUACCACCCAGACAGUCCUGCAAUGGGGCCAACAACGACAGGAUCGCAAUGCCGAGAUCAGUACACCUGCUCCUCCAAGAGAUUCCGUGGAUAGGAUGUCGAAGCCUCCACGACUUGAGGACUCCUUGGAUGAAAUGUAUUUCGAUUCGAUUCCUUCUAUCCCCAUCCAACCGAGCCUUUCCAGGGAGAGCCCGUCCGGCUCUCCAACGCUAGGCGGUCUGGACCUCGGAUUGGCCAUGCCCAACCACGAUGUAGGGCCUAACGCCGACUUCCAGCCCGCAGCCCCGUAUUCUGGGCCGCAAGUGGACAUGCUUCCUUUCACUGAAACUGAAAUGCCAGGAUUUGGGCCUAGUGAGUCGAGUCCACUCUCCGAUGUUCGCCUGCAGCAGUUACAUGUCUCUGCCGUCUUCACCGUCACCGAAGCCAAACGCAUGGAGCUCAUCCAUGAAGUCAAACAUGUGUUUGCAUCGGCGAACGUCGACACGGAUAUGACAAUGCCUUCUAGGAUAGCCUUGGAGCGCUAUAUAAUGGCCUUUUUUGACUCGUUCCUCAUCCAUGUACCAUGCAUACAUAUCCCCACCUGGCAACCUCAGACGACUCAUCCUUCGUUAUUGUUAGCAGUUGCCGCCAUCGGAGCAAAUUACCACGAUGAACAAGACGUUGCCUUACAGCUUUAUCGUGCUGCACGACUGUCCAUCAACAACUAUCUCCAAGAUUUGCCUUUCACAACAACAAGUCGACCGCCCUGGGUGAUCCAAUCUCUGUUUCUCAUCAUGGCGUUUGGAAGUUGGAGUGGGAGAUUUGAUACUGUCCAAGAAGCGAUAACAUAUCAGGCUACCAUCGGUCACAUUGUUCGCUCGGCACCUCAUCCAACAAAUCGCUGGAUUGACGGAAGCCAGGAUCUCCAAGAGUCGUGGAAAGAGUGGGUUAAAAUUGAAACUGCUAAACGGACGAAUUUCGUGGUCUAUUGUUUCUUCAACACCUUGACCAUUGCUUAUAAUGUCCCGCCUUGCCUGGUCAAUUCCGAGAUUGACAUGGACCUCCCCUGCGGAGAAGUUGAGUGGCUCGCAGGAGAAGCACACGCUUGGGAUGAGAGCAGAAAACGAAGCCCACCGACACCGUCUUUCGCAGAGGCGUUCCGCUGCCUCGUUUCCCCGUCCGAACCACAGGCUUUGCCCUGCAACAGCUUCGGAAAGUAUAUCAUGCUGAGCGCAAUCCUGCAGAACAUCUGGCAUCUUCGACAGGCGUGCAUCGGCCAGGAAGAGUCCGCGGGGCUGGCCCGAAUUGCAUAUUCGCUGCAAAAGUGGCAAGCCAUAGGCGACUCUAGCAAGACGCCAUUGGCGUCUCUACGCAUGACGGAUGGGGUCAAAUUUUUCAAUUCGGUCGCAAUGUUACCUGUUGCGUAUACUGGACUCUGCGUGAGCUCCGGGCCCAUCAGAGCCGCUUCACGGACCCAAGACCCCAGAACCAUUGCAACAGCGAUCGCCACGAAAUAUGACGACGUUCAGAGGUCUAAGACCUCGACAACAGCGGCAAUGUGUGCCAUUCGCUCGUUUAAUAUACUCGUGAGGAUUGGAAUCAACCUCAUAGGACGGACGGGUUCCUUGAUGUGGAGUGUGCAAUUACAUCUUCACUCAUUCGAAUGCUGUAUAUUUCUCAGCAAGUGGCUCGAGACACUCCAUCGAGCGUCGACCAAUAGCCGUUGGACCAGCGAAGAAAGACGAGUCGAAAGCAUAGUUCUAGAAACGUUAGCCGAAGUGAAGUUGCCGGCCAAUUUGGCUGAUCGUCCAAUUUAUGCUCGCGUCAUUUAUGCUUGGGCUCUGAUGUUUGAUGGGCCUGUCCUGUGGGGAAUAGUUCCGGUACUGGGUAAGGCGCUGCGAUUGUAUGCGGAUGGCUUACGAUACUCGAUUUGA